AUGAAGGCACUGAUCAGACCGUUUACACGCUCGAUACCCUCAGCAGUACCGCGCACUGUGAUCCGCGGCCAAUUCCAGCAGAUCAGACAUGAAUCGACUGGCUGGAUCAGUACGGAACAGGUCGCAGCGCAAUUCAACGAACACCACGUAGGGAAGUCGUACACCCGAACUCAAUACCUCGACGCGAACCAGAUCGCGCUGCUCUCGUGUACUCUCAACCGCUCUGAUCCAUCUACCCUUGAUCCACAGCAAGGAACUCCAGUUCCGCCAGGAUGGCAUCUGGUUUAUUUCACACCGCGUAUCAUGACGUCUGACCUCGCCCCAGACGGCAGCGACGCAACCUUCAACCCGGGCAAGCCCUUCACCCGCCGCAUGUGGGCUGGCGGCGAGAUGAUCUUUGAGCGAGACAAUGAGUUGGCGAUUGGUGAUACAGUCACUGAGACCACCGUACUCGAGUCCUGUGAUAUCAAGCAUGGAGCGAAGGGCGGGGAGAUGUUGGUUGUAGGUGUGAAGAAGACGUUUGAGAAUGAGAGAGGGUUGGCGGUAACGGAUAAGAGAAAUUGGGUGUUUCUGAAAGCUGCGAAGGCUGCUGCGGCUGAGGGAGGGAAAGGGAAAGGAGAGCAGAAGGUGGUGGAUGAUGAGGCGCGGAGGGAGGCCGGGAAGAAGGUAGCGAGCGACAGUAAGUUGCAGAGCGCUUCCAGCAAUGAUACAACCCCACUGUCAACGCGUUCGGUAACACAAGACCCAGCGACCCUCUUCCGCUACUCAGCCCUUACCUUCAACGGCCACAAAAUCCACUACAACACCCCCUGGACCCAAACCCAAGAACUCCACCCCGAUAUCGUCGUCCAUGGACCCCUAAACUUGACCCUCCUUCUCGAUUUUUGGCGCGACACGCACGCAAAGCGAAUCGAAAACUUAUCACUUCGAGCGUUGCGGAGUGCGGAGUACGAUGUGAAGGAGGAAGAGGAUAAGGCUGAGCCGAGGAUCCAGAGGGUGAAGUAUCGUGCUAUGACUCCGGUCUAUGCCGGGGAGAGGUAUGAGUUGAAGAUGAGGGAUGUUGAGGGGGAGGGGAAUACGAGUGAGUUGUGGGUGGAGAAGGAGAAUGGGGCUGUUGGAAUGAAGGCGUCCGUUGAGUCCUGGGCUUGA